ACAUUUGUCUUAAGAACCUUAACUAUUGAUUUAAGUAAAGAAAAGGAAUAAAAUAUAUAAGAAACAAAAUUAACAUGGACGAAGAUAACGGCGGUACUCCUCGUGUAACUCGCGCACGGAGUCGGCGACUUUCUGCCCUGCCAGAUUCCGAUGGCCGCGCCAUGACCCCAGUUAUAGAUUCAACUGUCGAGCGUGCAUCUCCACGUCCAGUGCGUCGAACACGCCUGAACUCGGCCACUGCCGAAUUGAGAACUCCGACUCGGACCACCCGUGCGUCGCUAGCACGUGGAUUUACGCCAGAGCCAGCUACCCCAACAUUGCGCACGCCUGCCAAGUCGGUGGUAAGAAAAUUGCCAUUGCCAGAAGAAGUAAUUGAAGAGGAAGCUAAUCAAACGGUAGCAGCACAGAGUAUGCCCAACCCAGACAAUAAUAUCAAUGGGAGCAACGAUGGGGCUGAAGCUGCUGUUGUUGCUGACUCCAAACGCACUCCAAGUGCUAGCGAUGUAAAAGAGCUUAACAUACCACCAUCAUCAGAGGAGCGACGUGUGACGCGUUCCAUGUCAAAGACUCCACCCAUGAAGAACCAAACUCAGCUGAAAUUUGAUACACUAAACUCAUCAGAAGAGAAUCAGGAAAAGCAAACAAAGGAGCAAAUUGAAAACGCUUCUGAAAUUGUAGAUGCGCCAAUCGAGGCACAUACAUCACUGCACUCUGAUAUAGACGUAACUGAAGAAUCAAACAUUGCUGCUGCCACGAAGGAUCCUAUGACCCCUGCUUUGGCUACUGCUAAAGUUAUGGUAAAAGUCAAAGAUAUCCUGAUCAGCGGCAAGCAAGAUACGCCACAGUCCAGUGAGGAUCGAAAUAUAUCCAUUGUCGAGGACAAAGAACCUGACACUACAAAAGCAGAGAUUAUCGAAGACAAAGCCGAAAUAAAGAAUUCUGUUGAUGCCCCUGCUGAUGUUCCACCAAAGCCCAUCGACCCGGUCGUUGUGCCUCCAGCUAAUGAUGAAGCAGGAGCUAGUACUGCUGAAGUCACCGAUGACAUUCGUUUGCCCGAUCUAACACCAGGCAUAAAGAAACGUUUACUGGGACCAAAUCAGGCAGAGCCUCUGAAACAUGUAGUCUUUAGUAACUGUGGACCAGAUGAAGAGACUGUCAAGCCGAUAUUUCCGAAAACUCCAGCACGCUGUAAACUACCACCAACAAAAUACAUUAACCUUACAGAGGCCAAGCUCAAGACGCCUUUGAACUGUGUCUCCGUAAAGAGGCGCAAUAGCUCAACACCUCUGGCCAAGUUAGAGAUGCCAUCGAGCGAAACUGUAUCCAAUGAAUCGAAUCAGCCACCUCCGCAAAUUGAUAUGAUAAAACCUCUAUCAGAACCUCUAUCAGAUGAAAAGCCAGUUGUCGAGAGACCUAGGCGGCCAACCCCACCGCUUGACAGUGAGGAUGAGGUCGUUGACGACGUGGUAGAGUAUAUAGAUGAGGAUGAUGAUGGUGUGAACGACCUAUUUCAAGAUCCAUCUGUGGCCGAAUAUUUUGACAAUGAAGUGGAGGUUGCUAAUGAUUAUCACUCUGGUGACUCAAUGGAUAGCAACCUUCGCGAUGAGAUCGCGGCAAAUGAAAUCCCACUAGAUGGCGAAUCUGUUGGCAGCAAGGACACAACUGAUGAUCAGUCAGAAGAUAGUGCCGAUGAAAAACUGUCGUUCAUUGUAUCAGAUGAUGAGGGGGAUGGGAAUAUGUUUGACAACGAAGGGGAUGACUAUGUGUUAGAGGAUGAAGAGGAUGAGGAUAUGUUGUCACCUUUGCAUUUUUCUGACGAAGAUGCUGAACCGGAACCGGAACCGCAACCCAGAAAACGACGUCGUAUUGUUGUUAAUGAUAGCAGCGAUGAUGCUGAUGAGCCAGAGAAUGUUCAAGAAAAUAAUGAUGAUAUCGCUGGAUCAGUAGAAGCAAAAUGGAGCAGCGAUAAUGAUAGUGUUGAAGAGAACGGUGAAAAUAAGAAGAUAAAUGAAGUUCAAGAUAAUAAGGGAAAUAAUAUUGAGGAACAGAAGGAAGAAUCAGCCCAUGUAGAUGUUAAAGUAGACAUCGAUGCAAGUCAGGAAUCAUCUGAGCAGCUGCAGUCAGUAAAGCCAAUUAAAAAGCUGGAGAAACGUUUGCACAUGUCGGUAUGCGAGAAUUCGCAAUUAAAGCCUCAGAGAGCCGAUAAGUUGAACAAGACAGUUCCGCCAAUAAAGAUUAAUGUAUACCAAAAGAUCCAAAAAGAUGUUGCCCGUUCCAAUGAAGAGAAAAAGCAAAAGGAUAAACCAAGUACUAGAAAGAGUAUCAACAAGAGUAUUUGUGUAGUGCCUGAUUCUGAGGAUGAAGUUAGCGAGGGAGAGCUGCCCCAUUCGGGCGAUGAACUAUCAGAAGCUGAGUCCAUUGAUGAGGUUGAUCUGACUGAGUCGCCCGCUCUUAAAGCUGAAGAGUCCAAACCGAAUUUAGCUGAAGCUGAGGAAAAGGCUGCACCUACUGCAUCUACUAGCAAGUCGUCCACAUUCCAUGCCAACCAGAAGCGUGAGGAAGAGGUGGCUCUUCUAUCCGAACUGGAUUCGUGUGAUUUAUCACACUUGCGCCAGAUGUUCAAUCCGCUCCAGAAAGCACGCCGCCAAACUUUGUACGUUCAGGAUCUGCACGGCCGCUCCGAUAAGCAGCCAAAGCCGAAAUUAAAGCGUCGCAGUGAACAAUUGGACAGCGAUGUCAAUCCAUCACAAUCGUUCAUCGAGACUCUGGCUGAGGAAAGCCGCCAGCGGACCAAACGGAAGCGUUUAUCAAAGAGCUUUUGUGGCACUAUCGACGUAUCGAACACCAGCGAAUCAGCUGAAACUCUGAGAAUAACCAAUGAAGAAACGUCAGAUAAGUUACCACAAAGUGAUAUCGAAAUGGGUGAACAUGAGUCCGCAGCAUAUAUUAAAGAAGAGGUAGCCGAGCCGAUUGAAAGUCCGAAGAAAACUGUUAGCCAAGUAGAUGAAACUGUUGAGUCGGAGGAGGAGGAGAAACUGCCCACUGCUCCAACAAAGAGCCGCGACGAGUAUCUGGAAUAUUGUGAAACCCUAAUUUUGGCGGCGAACCAGGCUAAGCUGGAGCAGAAGAAACAGCGCGUUGCAGCGGGCAGAAAGCAAAGAGAUCGCUCGAUUUCCAAGACUAUGCCUAUUUCUGACAACACCAUUAAGGUGGGAACAGGCGCGCCUAAGCAAGAACCCCGUACGAUAAAAAAGGAUUUGAAACGUCUACAAGCCACCAAGCAGGCCAUCAAGCACGCUAUGCAUAUGCUCAUCCCGGAGACCGCCGACAAUCACCCCCAGUCGCUGGCUCGGAAAAUAUCUCCUCAGCCGCCGGAUAACACCAAGUCCGCAAAGGCGAAGGCCAAGCAGCGAUCCACGAACAACAAACAGAAAAAGAACAAAUUGGUUCAAGUUUCUCCAGUGAAGAGCUCUGACGAGGAGAAUCACCAAUCUCCCAGACGUAUAAGGACCACUGCGGGUUACGUCACAGUUAAAAGCAACAAAGAGCCGAAACGCAUUGAAACAUUCAAAACAUCGUCCAGCAUUGUUCAGGUCGAGCCGUGUACGCCUACCUCAAAGUAUUUCAAGGAGAUUCGCCAAUCACCCAAGCCCCGCUACGGUUUCAAAGAGGUGAAAAUGGUUGGCAGAAAGUUGGCGUCUUCGUGUACAUCAGCAUCGUCGCCGGUUCGUAACCCAGCUACGGAAUCUGCAUUGCGCUUCAAGCGUGAAAUAUUUGGUAGACGUCACAAAUAGGUAGUAGUACUCUAUAAAUUUAAAAAUAUUACUUAUUCGUUUAUAGCACUAGCAGACGCGGGCUCGCUGAAUUCAUUUAAUUUACAUAUAGUUUAUACAAAUUUUGCGUAAGUUUUGUUCAUUGUUCAACAAUUGAAUUAUGCUUUCAUUUGAAUUGUUGCUCCAGUGUAACGUCUAGAGUAAGCGAAUUGAAGUUUUAUAGUUUUUAUUUGUUAUACAUCAAAAUAC